AUUUUCAACGAGAGACGGCACCGUUAGCUGAACCGCGUCCGAAAGUCUACCCAUUUGUUUGCGCGGAUUUGUCUAGUCCGAGAUCGGUUGGCGCGGGUGCUAUUGUCAAAUAUUCACUCCUACACAAUCUUUCACUCGCAUUGUGGCAACCGAUUGAGACGUUGAAUCGUUUCCGCAUCUGACAAACAAGCAUCAUGAGCAGCCACAAUAGACAUCAUGCAAGUGCGGCUUCUCGUUCACGAAUUAGUGCCCUUUCACAAUCACUCGGUUUCACUUCCAUCUCCUCGCACCCACCCAAUGCUUCAACACCUCGCAAUCUCUCUCCAGUUCAAUCGCGUUCUAAUUCGCCUGGACCGACUCAAACACAUCAACAAUUGUCUGCUUCGUUACCUUCCCUUCCAAUGCAACCACCGCCUUUCCCUGCUCCAUCUCUCUCCGCAUCCAUUCCGAAUUCUUCAGAUAUGAACGAUCCACCUUCACCUAGAUCACGUAGUCGAAGCAAUGCGUCCAUCUCGUCACAAAUGUUUCCCAAUGUAGCGGCUUCUGGUCCUCCACCCAAUGCUCCAGCAGCAAUAUUUGCUGCUGGCCCCGGAGCAUAUUACGCAUAUCCGUUCUUUCCUCCACCUCCACCCUCGCAUGUCCCUUCCCACACCACAGCACCUAGUGUUGGCGUUAAUUCAGGACAUCAUGAUGCCCCUGGGAUCGGGGUAGGGAUGGGAGGGCUAAGAACUUCGUAUUCCAGUCCUCAUCUUCCGUAUUUGUUUGAUGCUGGGGGGUUGGCUGCUUUCCACCACCACCAACAGCAGCAGCAGCAGCAAGAGCGAGAAAGACAACAAAGACAGCAAGAAUUAGAACAUCAGGUUUCUGUUGCGCAGGCACAGCAGAAUUUACAAAACUCGUCUGUGGAGUUAAACGAUGACGAUGUGACGAGUUUGCAACCUCCUCCGUAUGGUCAUCACGAGACGACAUUUUCGAUCGGCCAGCCGCAGGUUUCGACGACCUCUGCAGAUUCAGCUCCCGUGCAAUUUCCCACUCCUCGCCGGGGGACUCGGGCUCACAGUCGUAGCCACGGCCACUUGACACUUCAAACCACUUCGGCGUCUGUGCCACUUCUUUCCUCCUCUGGUCCUCCGUCUCCUUCGUACUACCGCUCGAGCGGUAAUCCUGAUAGCAUGAAUGGCACCAACAACACGAAUGCGAGAUCGAGACGUCCAGCUCGAAAUGCUGGUUCUUUUUCGCAGCAACAACCACAACAUCAUCAGUCUGACCACCCUAAUCGUUAUGAUUAUCUUGGUGCUGAUGAAGGGCAGAACAAUGGGCGGAAUGAGGGGUGGGAGGUGAAAGGAAGGAGGGGACAGCAACGGGGUUUCGGACAAGAAGACUCGAGUAGUUCGGAUGCAUGGCAGAGCCAGAUUGCUUUGAGUAAUAGGGUAAAGGGAGCGAGAGGCGGGAGGUGGAGGACUGGUUGGAAGGACAGAGAUAAGGAAAGAGACAGGGAAAGGGCAAGAAGAAGAGUGGAUUACUCCGAUUAUGAGGAGCUAGACGAAAUGGAUAGGACAGUGUUUGUUGAUGAGAUCGACGCUGCGUUGAGAAGAAGCAGGAAGAGGAGGGCUGUGAGGAUGGCGGAGACAGACGAGUCAAGCCAUGAUCCUACAAUGCGCUGGCAAACAUCCAGGCGACGGACGUUCUCAUCCUCAUCCACGACAUCGUUUUCACCUCGUUCUAGUCCUGUCUCGCUCUUCAGGAAUCGCCGGCCAGACUGGGCACGAGUAUUUCCCCCAAUUAUCAUCUUCUUCAGAUUACUUUCGAUCGUACCCGCCUCAUUGGCGAUCAUUUCCCAUGUAUGGAAUAUUGCUGUUCUUGAUCCAGACACAUUUUCGUCUUGGCUAACGUUACCCCUUCGUACGUUAUCUACAGGCAAUGCUGACAGCGCAUCAAUGUCGUAAAUUCACCAAGGGUCUCUUCCUCCGUUGGAAAGCCUACUAUCCACUCUUACCUACCCUGAUACGUCUUCUC